UUGCUCCUUUUUUCAAGGCCUAAAAUUAUCUUUAGUUCAACUCCUAGAGCUCUGUUUCAUAAUAGUGUUGAUGGAAGCUGUAAUAACUCGCUGAAAACUCAAUUCAUUGCCGAUUUUCCCUCUAUUUCUCAUCCAAAAAAUAAAGAAGUGCUUCUUGACAAGAUCGCAGAUAGGACCAUUGAGGAGGCAGAUGGUGAUAAUGAUGGACGAAUCUCAUUUGAGGAAUUCUGCAGGGCUAUGGAAAAAACAGAUAUAGAAGAAAAGAUGUCGAUUCGAUUCUUGAAUUAGUC